AUGGUGAAAGAUUCUAAAUACUACGACCUCCUCGGCGUCAGCCCCGACGCCACCGAAGCACAACUCAAAACCGCCUACCGCAAAGGCGCCCUCAAGCAUCAUCCCGACAAGAACGCCCACGACCCCUCCUCCGCCGAGAAGUUCAAAGAAAUCUCCAAAGCAUAUGAAGCCCUCUCAGAUCCUCAAAAGCGACAGCUAUACGAUCAAUAUGGCGAAGAGGGGCUAGAGCAAGGUGGCAUGGGCGCCGGCGGCAUGUCAGCCGAGGAUCUCUUCUCCCAAUUCUUCGGAGGUGGAGGCCUUGGUGGCAUGUUCGGCGGCGGCAUGGGAGGCAUGCGCGACCCCGGUCCCAAGAAGGCGCGGACCAUUCACCACGUGCACAAGGUGUCGCUGGAGGACAUCUACCGCGGCAAAGUGUCCAAGCUUGCGCUGCAGAAGAGCGUCAUCUGCCCCAAGUGUGAGGGCCGCGGUGGUAAGGAGGGCGCGGUCAAGACUUGCACGGGUUGCAACGGGCAGGGAAUGAAGACUAUGAUGCGUCAAAUGGGUCCCAUGAUCCAGCGCUUCCAGACUGUCUGCCCGGACUGCAAUGGCGAGGGCGAGACCAUCCGCGACAAGGACAGGUGCAAGCAGUGCAACGGCAAGAAGACCAUCAUCGAGCGGAAAGUGCUGCACGUGCAUGUCGACCGCGGAGUGCAGACGGGUACGAAGAUUGAUUUCCGAGGAGAGGGUGACCAGAUGCCAGGCGUGCAGCCGGGCGAUGUCCAAUUCGAGAUCGAGCAAAAGCCACAUCCGCGCUUCCAGCGUCGCGGUGAUGAUCUCUUCUAUCACGCCGAGAUCGAUCUCCUCACUGCCCUCGCCGGUGGAGCAAUCUACGUGGAACAUCUCGAUGAGCGGUGGUUGACUGUCGAGAUCCUGCCCGGAGAGGUCAUUUCACCAGGCGAGAUCAAGGUCAUCCGUGGACAGGGCAUGCCCUCCUACCGCCACCACGACUUCGGCAAUCUCUACGUCCAGUUCGACGUCAAGUUCCCCGAAAGCAUCCAAGGACCACCCGGCCAAGAUGGCUUCCCCACGACCAUGACCCCUCAACAAGUCGCAGCGCUGGAGUCUGUAUUGCCGCCCCGACGGCCGCAAGCCGUGCCCCCGCCAGAUGCCAUGACUGAAGACUACUCCCUUGAGAAGGUCGAUCCCAUGCAAGAAGGCGGGCGAGCGAGAGGAGCGGCCGGUAUGGACGAUGAUGAUGACGAAAUGGGCGGCGGAGAACGUGUGCAGUGUGCUUCGCAGUAA